UUUUGGUCUAAAUUUAUUUUUUGUCUUACGUUUAUAAAUAAGUCGGACUCUGGUUGAAAUUUGAUCAAAAUCUUCAUUAAACUUUGAAUUUUGAACUAUGGCGUAAUGAAUUAGGAUUUUGCAAACAUUUAGUUACCUAUUUCUGGCAAAGUUUUUGAAUGUCCCGUGUUUUAUUUAAAGUUUUAUCGUUAUUUUCAUUGACUGUAAAACUGUAUCAUCCAUUUUAAUUUUUAAUUUUUUAAAUUUUGAGAAUUUACUAUUUGUCAAUUUGCUACUAAAAUAGACAGUAUAUUAUAUUUGUGCAAUUAAAAUAAAAUAAUUACCCAAAAUAUUUGUCAAUUGUUUUGCAAACUUAACACGAGCUGUGAUCUUGAGGUCUAGAAGUAGUAAAAGUAAAUAAACAAUAAAAAUGGGAAAUUCGUCUGGCAGCCAGAGAGAUCAGGCAUUCUCAGACUCCUGUGACGACUUAACAACAUACUCGAUAGCACAAGCCACAGAAGCGUUAGAAUAUUACAAUAUGGGGAGGCAGCCUCCAAGAUAUAAGCUGACAGAAAAUGGAUGUGGAAUAAAGAGAUUGUCCGACAGGCUGUCAGAGUCUAGUGACAUCCCGACGACACCCAGCACGAUACCAACACUUUUUAGGUGGACAAAGGCCGCCGACACUGUUCAGCUCAUGGGCAGUUUCGAUGGCUGGACUAAUAUUAUUCCUCUUGUUAACUGCGGAGAUGAAUUUUUGGUAAUAAUUGAUCUGCCAGUAGGCGAGCACCAGUACAAGUUCCUUGUAGAUGGAGAGUGGACCAUCGAUGCAGAUGAGCCCCAUGUAGAAAAUGGCAGACAAUCAUUCAACAACCAACUCAUCAUCAAGGAGUCUGACUUUGAAAUUUUUAGGGCCCUCAAAGCAGACGACAAAACAACUGAAAAACUCGACGUUGGCUUUGGCCAGGAGCUGCCCCCAAAUAUGAGUUCGCACCACCGGCCACCCACAAUCCCCCCCCAACUGCUGCAGAUCACACUUAACAAAGAAUUACCUGUGCCUUGCGAUCCUGAGAUUUUACCAGUUCCACAGACGCCAGAGUUGAAUCAUUUGUACGCCCUGUCAAUCAAGGGAGGUGUCAUCACCAUGAGUUCCAUGCAUAGGUACAAGAAGAAAUUCAUUUCAACUGUCUUCUACCAGCCAACUUGAAAGACUUCCCUCUCCUAUUUCUCUCCCUCUUUCUUUCUCUCUUUCUCUUUUUUCCCCUCUCUCUCUCUCUCUCUCUCUUUCUAAAUUUAUAUAUAUAUAUAUAUAUAUAUAUCUCUAAAUUUUUAUAUAUAUAUAUAUAUAUAUAUACAUAUAUAUACACGCACACAGAUAGACAGACAAACAGACAUACACACAAAUAAACGCAUUUUAUUUCUUGCCAACAUAGGUCUGCUUUAGUAAUCUUAUAUAUAUAUAUAUAUAUAUAUAUAUAUAUAACAUAUAUAUAACAUAUAUAUAUAUAUAUAUAUAUAUAUAACGUAUUUACACACGCCCGUUUAUAUUGUUAUGUAUCAUAAUUUUAUUGAUUCUAAGACUUAAUUGAGCAAUUUUUUUACAAUCAUGUAUGUUAUAACUAUAUAUGCACAUAUAUUUCUCUCCUUCUCUCUCUAUCCCUCUUUCUCUCUCCAUCUCUCUCUAAAAAAGAAUUUUGAUAUUAUUAAAUGAAUUAAUGACAAUAAAUUGAGUUUGUUAUUUGAA